CCCUUGGAAGCUUUGAGUGGUUUAACGCCUGUGAGCAACGUGCGGCAAGACAGCUGUCCAAAAUACUGGCAGGGCGAGCAUGCAGACCAAAAUGCAGUUGCGUUCGCCGCGUGCGGCAUCGUGCGCACGCACUUUGCGCUCACGCACACAGCCCAAGGUGAUGUGCCGCGCUUUCAACUCCAUGGAGAGCCCCUAUGCUGAGGAGCUCAAGAAGACCGCCGCGUACAUCGCCCAAAAAGGCAAGGGUAUCUUGGCAUCUGACGAGUCCAACGCGACCACAGGCAAGCGCCUGCAGAGCGUGGGCGUCGACAACACGGAGGAUAACCGCCGCGACUGGCGCGAGCUGCUGUACACUGCACCAGGCCUGGGGCAGUACAUCAGCGGUGCGAUCAUGUUCGAGGAGACUCUUUACCAGAAGGCCCGCGACGGUCGCCAGUUUGUGGAUAUCCUGUUGGCGCAGGGCAUCUACCCGGGAAUCAAGGUCGAUACGGGCCUGCAGAUGCUGCCCGGCGACAAGGGCGAGACCACCACCCAGGGUCUGGAUAACCUUGCGGACCGCUGCAAGGCCUACAGGAAACAGGGAGCCAAGUUCGCCAAGUGGCGCGCGGUGGUUAAGAUCGGGGAGGCGGGCUGCCCUUCCACUACCGCCAUAUUGGAGAACGCGCACGGCCUGGCCCGCUAUGCGCAAAUCUGCCAGGAGAACGGUCUGGUCCCUAUCGUGGAACCCGAGGUGACUCUGGGCCCUGGUGACUACUCCAUCGAGGAGACGGCCUUCUGGUCGGAACGAGUGUACAGCCACGUGAUGCGGCUGCUCAACGAGUACGGCGUCGUGCUUGAGGGAAUCUUGCUCAAGCCGAACAUGUGCCUGCCAGGUCUGGACGCGCCCGUGGCCAGCCCCCAGGAUGUGGCUCGUGUCACUGUGCGCACCAUGAUGCGCUCUAUCCCCCCGGCAGUCCCCGGCAUCCAUUUCCUGUCAGGCGGCAUGAGCGAGGAGGAGGCUACCCUCAACCUUCAGGCUCUGAACGACGAGGCCCCCAACGCCCCCUGGGCGCUGACCUUCUCAUACGGCCGCGCGCUUCAAGCGACCACCCUCAAGACCUGGGCGGGCAAGGAAUCCAACUGGACUGCGGCUCAGGACAUCCUAGUCAAGCUGGCUAAGGCCAACAGUGAGGCGGCUGCGGGCAAGUUCAAGGGGCCUCACCCCGUGCCGGGCGGUGGCCGCAUUCUGCAGGCUCUGCGCACCGGUGGAGCCGGCAAGUAAGGAGCAGAGAGACCCGCCAGGCAUGAGAACGGAAGCAUGCCGGGGCACAAGCUGCUGACCGAUAAUGACCUGCUGCGUUUGUUUUUUUUGGUGACCGUACGAAGUCGCUGACGUUUCGCGACGCCAGCAAGGGCACCUCAGCACACGCUCGGUGCAUGCUGUUGGGUUUUGUGACCUAUUGAAAACGACAAAGCAAGGUCAGUUUUGUUUGUAUGCAUUCAAAGCGUUAUUAUCAAGGAAGUUGACACGGCGCUCAUGUAGAUCAGGGGUGCGAACUCUAUUUAUUAUUCAUAUGCUGCCUGCCGGGACUAAAAGCUGAUCGAUACGCCGUAACUGUGGGUGUGGGUGUGGGUGUGUGUCCCCUCGCCGGGGCCAUUGUUUGUUCGAUCUGCCGCUGUCGUUGAGGUACUGUGGCUAUCCUGUGACAGCCACAUUCUGUAAAAUAAGCACUCGUG